AUCUUGUAGAAGGCCAUGGGCCGUAGAAUUUACUAUAAAAGCAUCUAAAAUCUAGGAAAUCACCAUCAGUUCAAAUUCAAGUAAUAAAAUCGAAGUGAAAUUAUAAAAAUGUUCAAGGAGCUUUUAUUUUUGUGUAUCAUCCUGGCUAUCACUAUGGCAGCCCCAGCAGAAGAGGCAGAUCAUGCAGCUGGCUUACAACCAGCGGCAGUUGAUUUAGAACCAGCUGAUUUGGAAACAGCUGCAUCUGCGUAUCGAGGACAUGGCUAUCAUGGAGGACAUGGCUAUCAUGGAGGACACGGCUAUCAUGGAGGACAUGGUUAUCAUGGAGGACAUGGCUAUCAUGGAGGACAUGGCUAUCAUGGAGGACAUGGCCAUCAUGGAGGACAUGGAUACCAUGGAUAAACAAUAAAAACACAUCGCUUAAUUAAUUUAAUGUACUUAAUGUGUAAAUAAUGAUGUAAAUAAUAGAGAUAAUUUAAGAAAUAAAGCAUAUAAUAACUUUA